AUGAUUUCUUCUUCUUCUUCUUCUUCUUCUUCUUCUUCUUCUUCUUCUUCUACUACUACUACUACUACUACUACUACUUCUUUGUCUUCUUCUUUUCCUAUUUCUUCUUCACCUGCCUUCUUUUUCUUCUUUUUCUUCUUUUUCUUUUUCUUCUUCUUCUUCUUCUUCUUCUUCUUUGCCUUUCAUUUCUAUCUCAUACUUUUUCAUCACAUUUACUCCCGUUCACUCAUCAAAUUCAUUUUUUUCAUCUAUUUUGCAUCUUAUUUUUCUUCCGCCUUCUUCAUCAUCUUUUUCUUCAUUCCUCUCAAUCCUCUCUCUCUUUUUUUCAGCCAUCUUCUUCGUUUCUUCUUCGACACUCCAUCUCUUGCCUUCGCCCGCAACUCUCUCCCUCUCUCUCUCUCUCUUUCUCUCUUUCUUUCUUUCACUCUUUUUUCUCUCUCUCUCCUUCUCUCAUUCUUGCUCUUCCUCUUCCUUUCACUCACCAUUUCCUUCUCUCUCUUUCUUUCUCUUUCUUUCGCUUUUUUCUUUCUAUUUCUGUCCUUUUCUCUUCCUAAUUUAUUUUCUAGUCCGUCCUUUUUUUUUUCCUAUCCUUUCUCUAUCUUUCACUUUCUGAUUCUUUCUUUUCUUUCCUCUUUUUUCCUCCCAUUUUCUUCUUCAUUUUCUCUUUUACUCACGCUCUCUGAAUUUUUCUUUUUCCUCUUUCUCUCUUUUUCUCUGUAUAUUGCUGUUUCUCAUUUCCUUUCCCGACUUCUCCUUUUUCUCUCUCUCUCUCUCUCUCUCUCUCUCUCUCUCUCUCUGGAUUUAACUACUUCUUUUUUCCUUCUCGUUUUCUCUUUCGUUCACUCUGUCUUAUUUUUGUUUCUCUCCUUAUCUUUCUUUCUAUCUAUCCGUCUCUUUUCUUUCUAUCUUUCUAUCUCUCACUUUCCCUUUCUCUUUCCUUUCCUCUCUUACUUUUCUUUCUUUAAAUUUCCCACUUUCCCUUUUUCUCUCUCAUUUUCUUUUUUUCUUUCUUCAUUCAUUCUUUCUUUCUUUCUUUCUUUCUUUCUUUCUAUUUCUCUCUGUCUAAUUCUCUUCUCAUUUGUCUUUCCCUCACUCCCUUUAUGUUUCUCUAGCUUAUUUCUUUUACUUUUACUUUUUCUCUUUCACUACUCCAUUUCUCCAUUUUCUUUUCGUUUUUCGAUUUCUAUUUUUCAUUCUCUCUCUUUUUCAUUUUCUUGCAUUCUCUUUCACCCUUUCUUUCUUUCUUUCUUUCUUUCUUUCUUUCUUUCUUUCUUUCUUUCUUCCCUCUCUUUUUCUUUCGCUUUUUUCACUCUUUCUCCAUAUAUAUAA